AUGCCGACCACUCGUGCGCAAGAUCGUGCCGCAGCGCAAAACACCCUCAAAACUCGGAACGCGUCCGAGGACAAUCAACUCGCGCCAGAGAAGCCUGCAUCCAAAGCGAAGCCUGCGUCCAGAGCGAAGCCUGCAUCCAAGGCGAAGAAACCCGCGUCGCAGAAGAAGACUGCCCCACACUCUAGGAACCAGCAGCAUGCUAUAGAAGUCGGCGAGAAGCGCAAGGCCGCAGACGAGGCCAAGGAAGAGGAGCCCGAAGAGCCGUCCACCAAGAAGGCCAAGACGGAGGCUGACGAGGAGAACGCGGCGGAGCAGCGUCAUCCCGCAGAGAGCAUGUACCAGACUGGCACCAUCGAGCGCGGCCACAUCUAUUUCUUCUAUCGCCCGAAGGUCGAGUUGGAAGAAGCACACUCCAUCGACGACGUCCAGCGCUUCUACAUGCUUCUUGUACCGCGUCCCCCUCAGUUCGCCGCUGACGGCCCAGAGACGACUUCGAAGGCAGAUGACGACGAGCAGGAAUUGAACUUGAUUCAAGAGGGCGCAGAUGCCGUCCCUGCCCAGGAGCCCAAAGGCCAGUCGAAGAAGAAGUUCCGCUUGAUCGUCGUCGGCAAGAAGUCUCUGCCUGACCCCGAGGCUAAGGGUGGAGGACGAGGCAACCAGGUGUUCUGGGGGAGCAUCAGCACUAUCGGCGAAGACCUCAAGAAGCUCGAAGAGGGGCUUGGGGAGUCAACGUAUGAGACCAAGACUAGAGGCACGCGUCACCAAGGCGCCGCACGGCUGGCUGCGCGGGGUGCAUACGCAAUCGUCAACAAUGAAGCGAGGACACCCUCGCAGCGCGAGACGCAUCUCGGAUAUCACCUCUCGCACCCGUCAGGAGAUCAGCUGGGUGAAGUGCAGGAGGCGCUCGGAAUCCACCAAGCCUCUUCCUUCGUGCUUAAAGUCAAGAAUCCGCUUGCACCCCCGACAGGGCCUGCGCAGGUAGGCUUGCCAAAGAACCGCCGAGCAGACUACCCCGAAGAGAUCCUCCGAGGCGUGUUCGGGAAAGGCGGACAGAGAGGCCGUGAGUCCUAUGGGUUGAGGUUUGCGUCCUGCGAGAGACGGGAGCUGCUCGACUACGAGGGAACCGAGCUGUUGUUCAUUGCGGCGCGAAGCGGCGAGGAUGGGCUAGAGAAGAGCCUGGGCGAAGGCAGAGGACAUGCUCUGGAAGAAGCGGAGAAGAACGAAGGCAAGAGUAGCAUUGGCCAGGUCUUGAAGGAGCUCGCAAUGGACGACGAGAAGAUACCGUCUGACCCAUUGGAGGGAGAGUGGGCGUAA